GUGACCUUUGUACCACAGGAGAAGGAAGUUAUUUGUCCAGAAUGGACAUCUUCCCAAAGUGCUCUGUCUGUCAUCAGCAGUUUGUCCUCAAAGGUCCCGCCCCCUACCUACUGCCCUGUCUACACGCUGUGUGUGAGACGUGUGUGACAUCUGCAGCUGCUGGUGUGAUAUCAUGCUCUACUUGUCAGACGGAGGUCAACCUCACAGACACAAGCCUCCAGAAGGAUGCAGUGAGACAGAAAGAAAUAUUCCAUCUGACAGCCAAACAUCGCCCCACAGAGCUUCUCUGUACACACGAAGAUGACGGCAACCAGGCUGUGUGUUGGUGUCGGGAGUGUGAAGAGCUCCUCUGUGAAUACUGCCAGAAUAUGCACAGCAGCUUCAAACUUACCAGAAAACAUGUACUUCAAAACCUCAGCGACUUUAAACCAGCUGUCUCAAACAUUCCAACCCCUUGCAGUAUCCACAGCCAUGACACUCUUUAUCUUUUGAUCAGAGAUGCAAAAUUUUGAUUUGUGGAAGAUGCAGAUUUGAAGAUCACGCAGAUCAUGAAGUUGAGAAGUUAGAUGUGGUAGCUAAAAGUAUCCUCAAACAGCUGGACCAAC